AUGUCAUCAUCAUUGAACAAGAAAGAGUCCUCUGGCUCAGAAGAUUUGGUUAAAGGUUCUGUCUAUCAAAUAACUUCAAACUCAAUUCGUUUUCCAACUACAAGUGUUCGACAUUUGGAUUCAGUAGUGGAUGAAAAAAAUGCUUCAAAAUUAUUAAAAGAAGCUCAAGCUAAUUUAAAAUAUUCUGCAAACACUGGUUAUGCUCCUGAGUUAAGAAGAGAUUUUAAUGUACUUUCGUUACUAGGUAUUGGAUUUGGUAUAACAAAUUCAUGGUAUGGUAUAAGUGGUGCAAUGAUUGCAGGUAUCUCUGGUGGGUCAACUUUGAUUUUAUAUGGUAUUAUUAUUUUGGCAAUUGUUGGGAUGUGCAUUGCUGUUACGCUUUCAGAAAUGUCUAGUAUUAUGCCUCACGCGCUGGCUCAAAUAUUCGGAUAUGUUACAGGUAUUUUAGCAUGGUUAGGAAGUGUCUUCACUGGUGCUGCAGUUACAAUGACUAUGGCUUCUGCAGUGACUGGUAUGUACGUUUUAUACAAUCCAACAACGGAAAUUAAAAGCUGGCAAAUAUUUUUAUGUUAUGAAAUUUUUCUUAUCUUAUUGAUUCCUUUUAAUCUUUGGGAAAGACCAUUACCUGCUAUAAGUACAGCCACAUUAUAUAUUUCCUUACUAUCAUUUUUUAUCAUAAUAGUUGUUGUGCUUUCAAUGCAUAGUGGAGAAUUUCAAGAUGCAAAAGUGGUAUUCACGGAGUUUAAUAAUUCCACUGGUUGGAACUCAUCAGCAAUUGCAUUUAUUAUUGGUCUCGUUAAUCCUAAUUGGGCAUUUUCGUGUCUUGAUGCAGCUACACAUAUUGCGGAAGAAACUUUACAUCCUGAAACUCAAAUACCUAUAGCUAUAAUUGGAACAGUUGUAGUUGGAUUUAUUACUGCUUUCUCCUAUUGUGUUGCUAUGUUCUUUAGUAUAAAUGAUAUUGAAGGAAUCAUGACUUCAAAUACUGGAGUUCCUAUAAUGGAUAUUUUUUAUCAAGCUACUAGUUCAAAAGCUGCAGCAGUUGGAUUACAAUGUUUAAUCUUAUUAACAGCAUUUUCAUGUAACAUUGGUUGCCAUACUUGGUCGUCACGUAUUGCAUACUCCUUUUCAAGAGAUAAUGGUUUACCCUUUUCAAAAUAUUGGGCUAAAGUGAACGAACGUACAGGUACAGUUGUCAAUGCACAUGUCAUGAGUUGUGUCUUAAAUGGUAUAAUCGGUUUGAUCUACUUGGGUUCAUCUUCAGCUUUCAAUUCAAUUUUAGUUUGUUGUGUUACAUUCUUAUUACUAUCAUAUAUGAUUCCUACAUUGUUUUUAAUUCCUCAAAGAAAUACAAUCAAACAUGGACCUUUUUGGAUGAAUAAGUUCGGUAUCGGUUUAACUUGUAACUUUGUGACAUGUGCUUGGGCUAUUUUUGCAUUUGUUUUUUAUAAUUUUCCUACUGUCAUGCCAGUUUCAGGUGGAAAUAUGAAUUAUUCAUCGGUUGUUGUUGGUAUCGUCUUGAUCAUUUGUGUAGGUGACUGGUUUAUCAGAGGUAGGAGAGAAUUUGUUGAUGUUAGAGAAAGAGAACAAUACAAGGAUGAAUUAGCCGACCAAUUAUCAAAUCAAAUAUCAAAUAUUGAAGUAGUGAUGUCUCGUCAAUAG